AUGAUACUCGAUGCGGCAGCUGGGGAAGCGAGACAGGAACGCAAGGCGUUCAAGGAGAGUGGAGUGAAGAAACGGCCUCGUGGUGGUUCGGGGAAACAGUCUAGUUCCAAAAAGGCCCCGAAGUACCAAAAGCGGCGGUCCGUUAGCCAAGGACCUAUGCGGUGCGUGAUCUGUGGUGGAGGACAUCGCGCCGGAAAAUCUAGGGAUCGGGCGGGGCGGUGCUUCAAGUGUGGUCGAGCAGGACAUAUGGCCCGUCAGUGCGCGGAAGGAGUGCCACCUGCCCCGUCAGUUGCAUCUGCCCCAGAGAUUCAGCAACUGUUUGGUGGAGUCCCGUCUGCUACCGCCGUAUCUACGCGGUGUGUGAUUUGUGGAGGAUCCCACCAGGCGCGGCGAUGUGUGCUGCGAAAAGGAAGGUGUUUUCGUUGUGGGCAGUCUGGCCACUGA